AUGAAAAGAGAUAAAAUACCUCCUUCUGAAUCAACUAAUGUUGGAUUUAAUUAUAAGAAUAAAAAUUCUGAUAAUGAGAAUACUAUAAAUUUGGAACAUCCAAUUAUUGUCCAACUUGAUAGAAUUCAAAAAGAUAAAAAAGAUGGUAAAAAGCUUAAACAUUGCUUACCUAGUGAAGAUGAAUGGAAACUAAUCGAGAAGCUAGUUAAAAUUUUUGAACCAUUUGACCAAGCAACAAAGGCAUUUAGUACUAAAAAAUUUUCUACACUAUUAAUCGUAUAUCCUACUAUCGAAUUCUUGAAACUUGAGUUCAUAACAAAUCUAGAUUCAACUUUGACUGAAGAUAUUUUUUUAGAGUUUGAAUUAAAUAUGAAUAAUAAUAGUAAAGAUAAAGAAGAUAGUACUCAAUUAUCAGAAAUAUCUGAUAUUUAA